AUGCUACGAGGCCGCCUGACGGAGAGCGCCGGCGACGCCCGGUACGGCGUCAGGCGUAAUCUCGGGGUGGUGCAGCACUACCCCAAGCUACCAAACCUGUUAAACUCCAAUUCCGAGUCGAGGAUGAUGGUGUGCCUGAUGAGGACCGUCCUCUCGUCACCCGCCGUGCCGCGCGUCGUGUCGUCCGUCGGCCGGCAGCAGCAGCGGCCGGCUUAUAGAAAGGCGAUCCCGCUGGCGCAACACUCGUCCACCUUCGUGGCGACGCAAAUCGAGCUGCCGGUGGUGGACAUAACGUGCAACUACAACUCCUACCGCUACAAGAGCCUCGAGGAGAGCCUGCGGGAGCGCUACGGCGCGAACUACCCGCCGGGCGAGGUGGUGCUGAAUUACAUCCAGUUGAACACGCCGGACUCGCGGACCGGGCACAGGAGCGGCCUCGUCGGCGACGAUCUUCUGGACUUCUUCGACAGCAGCGACGCCGGCGCGUACUCGUCGUCGGUGUCCACGAGGCUGGAGACGGAAUAUCUGAAUCUCCUGGAUCAUUUCGUGCUGAGGGAGCGGGGGAAGUGCCCUCUGACCGCGGGCAAGUUCACCGAGACGCCUCCGUUCGCGGAAAGAAAUCUCGAGCUGUCGUCGUCUCGCGCCGAUACGUGGAGCCAAUCCACCGUGAAAAGUUCAGUCGCUCAGGAAAAGGAAUCCGAGUUGUGCGGCAAUCAACGUUCGCUGAAAGGUAUUGAAUACAGCCACGGCGGCGGCGGCGGCGGCGGUGGCGGCGCAAAUAGACGUCUCAGCAGCUUGCAGCGGGUGCUUAGGCGAUAG